UGCGGGCACCACGCAUGCGCCCUGGCAGCUUGGCCACGUGAAUUCCGUCUUCAGUGGCGGGCCAACACCUUUAGCUUACCUUGCUGCAGGAUUCUUUUGGAGAUCCAUCAUGUCUUUGUGUGAAGACAUGCUGCUUUGCAAUUAUCGGAAGUGUCGGAUCAAGCUCUCUGGUUAUGCUUGGGUCACUGCCUGCUCUCACAUCUUCUGUGAUCAGCAUGGCAGUGGGGAGUUCAGUCGUUCACCAGCGAUCUGUCCUGCUUGCAACAGUACUCUUUCUGGAAAGCUAGAUAUUGUCCGAACAGAACUCAGUCCAUCAGAGGAGUACAAAGCUAUGGUAUUGGCAGGGCUUCGACCAGAGGUUGUUUUGGACAUUAGCUCCCGGGCAUUGGCCUUCUGGACAUACCAGGUACACCAGGAGCGUCUCUAUCAAGAAUAUAAUUUCAGCAAGGCUGAGAACCACUUAAAACAGAUGGAGAAGAUAUAUACACAGCAAAUACAGAGCAAGGAUGUAGAAUUGACCUCUAUGAAAGGGGAGGUUAUCUCCAUGAAGAAAGUUCUAGAAGAAUACAAGAAAAAGUUUAGUGACAUCUCUGAAAAACUUAUGGAACGCAAUCGCCAGUACCAAAAGCUCCAAGGCCUUUAUGAUAGCCUUAGGCUAAGAAAUAUCACUAUUGCUAACCAAGAAGGCUCUCUGGAACCAGGUAUGAUGCCGCAGUCUGGAGUCUUUGGCUUCCCACCAGGGAAUAACUCAAAGUUUUCUUUGGACCAUACACCAGUUGGAAAUCAAGGUGGUGGAGAUGAAGAUGUUCAGUUCAGACCAUUUUUUGUGUGUUCUCCUGCAGCACCUGAACCCAUUAACAACUUCUUUAGUUUUGCAUCUCAAAGCCAUGAAGCAGAGCAGCAAGCCUGCAGCAGGGCCUUUAAAGCAAAAAGAAUUUAGCUCAUUUUUCAUUCCUGCAUCCCAGAGUUCUCUUCCCAUUUUGACCUUAGAAGAAGUUGGCUUGCAGUAGGGUGUGUGGCCUCCUGUUUGGUUUCUUCUCUGUUUGCUUGGGGCAUGGGCAUUUCAUGAAUCUCAGUCUCUACAUUUGUCAUUGUUCACACAAUCACAUUGUUGCACAGAUCCUGUUUCAGACCAAGCUGUGUUGAUGCUCAUAUAAACAUAUAAGCAUAUGUUUACAUGGAGCUUCAGAUUAAUUCUAGCAUGUAUAUGUUAAGUGUGUGCAUUGUUUUUUUUUU